GUACACGGCUCAGUAACACUUGUUAACAUUGUCCCCACCACCCUCCUCAGUCAGUUUUCCAAACCGUGCAAAUUUUUUGCAGUGCUGCAAAUGAAAAUUUGUACAGGGCUGACUGGCUUUUCAACUGGAUGUACUUCUUUUCUUUUUCAAUACAGAUUCUACUGUCUUUAUUUUAUUUAGUUCCAGAUUCAUCAUUCAAUUGAUAGUGGAUAAUAAUGUUAAAAGCAUGCAGGUCUUAGGAAUUUUACUUGCAAUUUUAAGGGGAAAAGGAUUCAAUGUCAGGAAUGAUUGUAGUAGUUAAUAAACUUGUUUUUAAUGCUACAUUUAUUAGCUUGUUCAUAGAAAACAGUGAUUUUGUUUCAUAGCAUGUAAUCACUUUUUUUUUUUUUGGAAGAUUCUCAAAAGGCCAUUCAUUCGAUAGCCUUCAAGAAAUUGCAUGUCAUAGUUCUGCUUUUGCUUUUACAGUGAAUUGUCAGAUGUACUCUAAAGUAUAAUUUGUCACAUCAUUUGGGUAGAGUAUUUAGACAGGAGAGCUGAUCAUUGUUAAAAUACAUGAUGAGGUGAUCAUUUGAGCGAUGAGUACUUGGCAAAAUAAGUGGAAAAAUAUGACUUUUUAAAGCUCUUUGGUUUGUAUGACAUAGCUACAUAUGUAGUCAAAUAGAGUUUUUUUCUGUUUUUUACUUGCCUUGAACAUUGUAGGGAGGACUCAUAAUGGCCUCCUGCCGGAUGUGCGACUUAUUGUGACUGAUAUGUUUGUUUAAAGAUCAGUUAGUUUGCCAUUGUGACUAGAGGGAGCUGAUGAUGUUGAUGGAUGGAAAUGUCCUGUCAGGAACAGGUGGUGACAGUUGGAGGCCAGUCGCAUAAUACGUAAAUUAGAAUGCCUUUAUUCUUCACAUAAGUGGGAAAAUUUGCUUGUUACAGCAAUAUAGCAACAAUAAAGACAUUAAAGACAGCACGAUGUAUUUGAGGUGAAGCAUUUUAAAUAUAACUCUGGUGCCAGGAAAAUUAAUUGGUAGUGAGCCAUUUGCAAUAUUUACAACGAGGGAUGAGAUGGAUGGCGUGGUUUAAUUUGCACUUAAUACUGAAUUUAUUUUAAGUCUUGGAAUAAAUAUCUGCUCUUAAUUUAGCAGUGAUGGACAAAUAAGUUUAUGCAUGAGAUGAGAACUUCACUCUCAAACAUGACAAAGCCUUCCUGUUGUCCAUGGCCAACCGAGGAAAGGACACCAACGGUUCACAGUUUUUCAUCACCACUAAGACAGCACCACAUCUUGAUGGAGUUCAUGUCGUGUUUGGUCUUGUCAUCUCCGGCUUCGAAGUCAUAAAGAAAAUUGAGGGAUUGAAAACAGACUCCGCGAGCCGACCCUACGCUGAUGUGAGAGUGGUGGACUGUGGUCAGCUGAUUACCAAAUCUGCCAACGAUGUUCUCGAAGGCAAGCGAAAAAGAAGCUCUUGUUCUGUGGAUUCACGAGACUCGUCACCCCGCUUCUCAUCUUCAGCCAACUCUGGAAGCGAAUCUGAUGAAAAGAAAAAACGUGAAAAGCACAAGAGGCAAACUAAGAUCAAAAAGUCUAAAAGGAAAAGAAAAGCAACAAAAACUGAGCCAGAAAGUGAAGCUUUCACUCUUCUGCCACUCUCUCACAGUCCUGUGGAUAAAGAGUUGCUGGAAAAAGAAGUGGGAGAAGAGAAGGAGCAGGGUGGCAAACGAGAGAAGCCCGUAGUUAGACCAGAGGAAAUUCCGCCGGUACCCGAGAAUCGUUUCCUCCUCCGACGAGACAUGCCCUCCAAGGAAGACAAAACAGACAUAGUGGUGAAGGAGGAAUUGACUCUUUCAACUGAACAGAAACCUGCUGUAUCCAAGUCAGGACGGAAGAUCAAAGGCAGAGGAACAAUCAGGUACCACACUCCGACCAGAUCCAAAUCACGCUCUGCAUCUGUUGAGGAACGUGGCAGUAGUGAAACACCACCACACUGGAAGGAGGAGAUGAAACGAACCAAAGUUUACCAGCCUCCAAGUGGAGAGAGGUGGAACAAAGGAGAGAAAUGGGAUGACAGAAGUGACUCUGCAUGGUCCAGGUCUCAACAUUCGUCCCCCCACAGCUCUACCAGGUCCAGCAGUCAUCAUCAACACAAAAAGGAAAAGAAAAAAGCCAAACGAAAAAAGAAAUCCAAGAAACGCAAGCAUGUUAAAAAGAAGAGCACCAAAAGUAAGCCGCCUGAGCCCAUACUCUCAGAAGGUGAAAGGUCACCAUCAUCAGAGAGGAGGUCGAGAUUCUCACAUUCUCGGUCACGUUCGACAUCGAGCCUUGCUCAGCGUCGGCGCCAGACUUCUCCAUCAUAUAGCAAUUCUCGAUCUUACUCUAGAUCCUACACCGCGAGUCGAUCAAGAUCCCGUGGAAAAUCCUGGUCUUAUUCCAGAUCAAAAAGUUUCUCUCGGUCUAGAUCAAGGUCGUAUUAUCGUUCACGGUCCAGGUCUAGGUCUAGGUCCAGAUUAAGGUCUAAGCACAGAUACAGGUCACCGUCCUCUACCAGAAAGAUGUCCAGAUCCCCAAAACGGAAAAAAUCUAGCAGGACGUCUCACAAACCAGCAGAGACUAAAGUACCAGCUGUUUCCAGGUCUCCUAAAGUAAGCGUCCCUGAACGGGCCCCUAUAAUCCCUAUGAGUGACAGUCCACCUCCCUCUCGCUGGAAACCUGGCCAGAAACCCUGGAAGCCCUCUUACAUAAAUAUUCAGGAAAUCAAAGCAAAGGUAUCUUCUCAAAGGACCACUCCUCCAGGCAAAACUGGUCUUGAUAGCACAAAAAGUUCCCAAGCCUCAGCGAAACAAAAUAACGUCCUCGAUGAAUCAGCGUGUGAAAGCAAACAUGCGAGGCGUUCCCUCAGCCGCUCAUCAAGAAGCAGGUCCUACAGCUGUUCGUACAGUCGCUCCAGGAGUAGAAGUUACAGUAAUUCCAGGUCUCGAUCGCCUCAUCGUCUCAAUAGCAGAUCGUCUUCGUACAGCAGAUCAGAUUCUUACAACUCCGAGACAGGAAGUGGAAAAACAAAGAAACCAUUGUCCGCUAGCAUCGACAAUCAGGAGGAUUUGAGUGGGUAUGGCACGAUAAAGAGUGGUAAAUUGGUGAAUGUUGGCACUGAAGGUUCUCUCACUGAAUCAGAAAGCAGGCGAGAGAAGGAAACUUUUCCAGUUAUCACGCUUGACAAACUGAGUUGCCCCGUCAAGGCAGAGAGGCUUAAGGACAAGUUGGAGUGGGACAGUGACAGUGAUAAACAGAGCCAAAGCAACAGUGCUACUCUUCCAAAACCACAGAAACAAAACACUUUGACCAUCGAUCAGAAGAGUUCCGGUGUCGCUGGAUGGAAUUCUGAAAGUGAUUCCGAAAACGUAACAAAAACAGCAGUUGCUGUGUCAGAUAAGGAGGAAGGCGAAGCAAGUUCAGAGUCCGACUCUGAAACUGUCGGGAAGCUGAAUGAGGCUGUGAGCACUUUGGGACCCAAGAAUGUGGCAGAAGAUUCAGUGAAAGAUGAAGAGACGCACAAACAUAGAGGCAGGAAGAAAAGUAAACGUAAGCGGAAGCACAAGAGUAAAGGUCAGAGCAAGUCCAGUUCCCAUCACAGCAAGUCAAAGAAGUCCAAGAAGAAACACCAGAAACAGAAGACAAUGUUCCACUGGCAGCCACCUUUAGAGUUUGGAGAGGAGGAGGAGGAAGAUGAGUCCAAGCGUGAGAGACCAAGUCCUAGCAAGGGUGUGAAAGAGCGUCCCAGUGCAGAGGUGGGUCAUGGAGUCUCUACGAUUAGGCAUUCCACUCAGGAGAAUAGUAGGGCCAGACAUGGGACAGUCCAAAGUGCAGGAAAAGACACAAAACCAACCGGUCCUCAUGAUUCACUCGGUCAAAGCAGUGGUCAUGAAGGGAACUUGAACAUCAAGCAGGAGUCCGAUAUGGACAUCUGCACUCCUGAGCAUGAAAAUAUGCUUGAGACUCCAGUAGGGCACAAUUCCAACAACAGGAACCUUUCUGAACCAACGCAAGCUGCACCAGUGUCCAACACAGCCUGCAAAAAUGAGCCCAUGACAACAGAGGUUGUGGGACGGAGACAGGAAGUGGAGGAUGUAAAACCAUUAGGUUCUGCAAUAAAUUUCAAAUGGAAGCCUUUAGAAGGAAUGGCAUCACUUCAAAGGUCGGCUCCAUCCGUCACCCUGAAAGCUAGUCAGCUUGAACUCAGUCAGUCCUCCGCUGCGCCACAGGGAGUACGAAUGGAGAUCAAAACCAGCAGUAGAGUCCGACCAGGAUCCUUAUUUGAUGAAGUGCGUAAGACUGUGCGUCUCAAUCAGAGGCCUAGAAACCAGGAAAGCUCAAGCGGUGAGAGCUCAGCCUCCAUGGAAAAGUCAAGGAGCAAGUCACACACAACUUCCCCGCGAAGGUCCGCGACCAGGAAGUCUCGAUCCGCUUCCAGUCACAAAUCCAGAACCAGAGGCUGGUCCCACUCCAGCAGCAGGUCCAGAAGUAGAUCCUCCAGUUACUACUCCAGCCGUAGCAGGAGUCGACACAGACAUGACAGAGGACGUUCACGCAGCAGCACCUACAGAAGCUACCGAAGUCACAGCAGGACAUACAGUAGAAGUCACUCAAGAAGUCAUUCGUACAGUCGAUACAGGAGGUCAAGGUCAGUGUCCUCUGAAAGUUAUACCAGCCGAAGUCGCAGUGUAAGCAGAAGACGAGGCCGUCAAAGAAGCGACAGCUACAGGAGUUCAGACCGAACAUCAUGGUCCUACCGCUCCUCCAGUCGCAGCUCCUCCAGGCACAGGAGUCACAGCCGCAGCAGCCGGUACAGCUGAACGUUCAUUUGGAUUCUAAUUAAUGGGCUCCAAAAAGAAGAUGCACCCGAUGUUGUUGAGGUUCUGGGUGAACAUGAAUGUAACAAGUAGAAAAUAAGGAUGUAAAGCUUUUGUUGUGUUCUAACUGUAAAUAUAUUUGUAUUCCCUGAUUUAUAUUACAGAAAUGGUUUUAUUAGCUCACAGAGUUCUCAUUUUAACAUGCAGUCGCAGCAAUAAUUCACUGUGGAUUUGUUCCAGUGUUUUUAUUUGAAUUCAUUUUGAUACCCAUUUGUUGAAUGUCUGGCUGCACUCUGAGAUACAUUAGAGAUCAUUUCAUUCAGUGGUUGUGAAUGCUGACAUAAUA